AUGGUGAUAAGAUCCGAUCUAAUCGAUCGACUAUCUUUUCUCUUUCCAGGCACUUCGGAAAUAUUUUCCCUCGGCCUUGGCAUCAUCAUAGGAGCAGCACUAUUAUCGGCUAUUCAACGUGCCACACAUACACAUACGAGGCUCCGACAGACUCGAAGCGAUGUUGAGUCGACGCUCAAGGACCGUCCCGACGAGCACAUUUUACGAAACGACACCAAGAAGCCGCUAGUAGUAGAGUCAGCUUCAAUCCCACCGCUCCCAAUAACGCAGGAAGCGGAUUCGACACAUGAACCACGUGCUAUACAGAAUGUGCCGACGCCUUCAUCUCAACUAGCGGACUUGCCUCUCCCACUACGAUCGACCAUCCAUCAGCCUCACAACAGCGCCGAGCCAUGGACGUCUUCAGACCUCAUCGAGCACUCACGUCUAGCCCGCGCCAACUAUCGCUCACCAUGGAAGCGACAUACUUUCCCAGCAAUGCAUGUCACUGAUCAUGUGCACUACUACUCAGAUCAGCGUACGCUGGAUCAAGCGUCGAACCCCAAAAUCCUAUCCACUGAAGAAUCUCUACCACCACAGCGCCAAUGGCGCAGACGAAGGGUACUGACGUUCGAGCCCCUUCUGUCAUCAUCUGCUCAAACGCCUGUACAAUCUGGUCCCUCACCAGAGACAGAGCAGCCGAUAGAUCCUUCCGCGUGGCAGUCACCAAAGCCACAGGUGGCUCAAACCCGGGCAGGUAUGGAGGCGCCCAUCACCGCAUUGCAGGUUGAGAUCGAGCAGCAUGGCGUGUUUCUGCCAAAUGAUGCAGAGCGAGAAAUGCUUCAUCGGUCAUGA